AACUAUGUAAUUGAUGAUCCUGAUUGAUUUCAGGGCUCUUGUUCACGUUACAGCGUGUGACUGUUUAUCUUGGAAAAUUAAAGCAUUGUGUGACUAAAACGGCAGAUACUAGAGAUCGGAAACAACCAAGUAAACAUGGAGAAUGCUGGAGAAACCUUUUUGGUCGGGCAGCAUCUGUGGCGAUGAAGGCCUUCUAAAAAAUUGGCUACGAGUAAACAGUUGAGAUCUGGGACUGAAUCAAAGUUGUCUUCCAAUACGUCAGUGCAACCUUCCCGACAAAGAUCGAUGCAGGUUGCAUCAGAGCAGUUGUUCAUCAAGCCUACUACACCAGGUCUUAAGCGGAGAGAUUCUUUUGGAUCACGUAAAUCUUUUAACGAGGACUUCAAUGAAUCUGGCAUAUUGCUCAGGAGUUCAAAAAGUGUGCCAAAUCUGAGCGAUUCAUCAAAAUUGUUCAUUCCACCGAAGUCUCCCUUGCCUACAACACCUGGUCAGAGACCAACAUCAACACGCACACCAAAGUCACUUGCUGCUUCUCAAAGCUCAUCUCUGAAGAAGUCAUAUAGAGAAGAAAGCAAAGGAUCAGACAUGGGUUCCUCAAUGGAGCAAUGUACUGGGAGGCCUAAAGGGGCUCGGAUAGUACCGUCUCGAUUUCGAGAAUCUGCAGCCGUGAAAAAGAAAGUGGUCACUAAGGGUCCUGAGAAAAGUUCAGAAUCUGUCUUAAAAUCAGGACUAAGUGUAAAGAAAAAAUGCAUAGACCUUCACUCUACAGGACUUGAAGAAAGCGCACUUAUGCCAUCUCUGAACUGGGAUUUGUCAGCCAUGAAACCUGAAUUUUCUGCAAUUGAAAUGCCAGAAUGUACUAAUUCUGUUCUCGAAGCAGUUUUGUCUCCAACACUGUCUGAAGACGAUGCAACUGAAGCGCAUAAUUUUGAUGCAUUGCUUUACUCCUUCCUGGCUUCCAAGAGGGAAAAUAACCUGGCAAAAUACCAAGAAAGGGCAGAAGAGUGCUUGCUUCAGAUUGAAGAGGAAAACCAGCAUUUACGGAAAGAAAUAUUUCAACAGAAACAGAAUCUCAUUUUGCUGGAGAAAAACAAAGUACUGGAUGGGGUCGUAGAACAACAGUUGGAGCAUUUAAGACCUGUGGUGGCAUCUAUUCAGCAGUUCAAAACACAAUACAAAGCCUUCAGUAAUGCUCUUGAUACAACAAGGCAUAGCCUUCAAACAAAGAACAUUUAUAUAUCGGAAGAUCUGCAGAAGUUUUUGGAGGAAUUGAAAGUUAAUCUAAGAACAACAUAUCAGAUUUUGGGUGAACUUGGACCUGACAGACAAAAUUCAAAAACUGGAACCGAACUUGGAAAGGUAGCUGCGAUGGCUGAUACGGAGAUGAAAAGUUUCUUUGUGAAGAUUGAGGAACUGGCCUCUAGCAUCAGCAGAGAGACUACGCUGCUACAUCAAGAAUUGGACGAAGAAGCCUUGGGGAUGGAAGGAUCAACAAAAUGAAUUUUCACUUAGCCCAUUUCCCUUUUAUAAAUAACACUUCAUUUAUGUAUAAUAAAAUCUAGCAUCUUGUAUUAUUUAUGCAAUCAGUCAACAAAUGUUCUUUUUUGGAUAUGAUCCUGAAGAUGAGCAUGUAGUGCUUGUUAUAAUAAAAUAAAGAACUGCAGAGGCUAUAGAUCUGAAACAAACACAAAUUGUUGAUGAAAAUGAGCAGGUCUGG